AAGAAUUUCCCCGCUCCGGAGAGUUGUACUAUAUAAGCAUGCGAGGAACCGUCUGCGCAGCCUUAGCUAUGUGUCAUCCGUAUUAUAUGAACGAAGAAGCCUCUUUGAGAUGUUGAACAAUCUGCCAGUACGGACAGCACUGCUGUCUCUACUUCCUGUCACGAAUGCCCUCGUCAGACCUAACGGUGUGGGAAGAUUGCCUGCCCUGGGCUGGAACUCAUGGAAUGCCUUUGGAUGUGAUAUCAAUGCUACCAAAAUCUUGACUGCAGCCAAUGAGCUGGUGAACUUAGGUCUAAAGGAUCUAGGAUAUGAAUAUGUCAACAUUGACGACUGCUGGUCUAUCAAAAACGGACGAAACACCACCACGAAUCGCAUCAUACCGGACCCAGAAAAGUUUCCUGAUGGAAUCGCGGGUGUCGUCAGUGAGAUUCACGAUCUUGGCUUGAAAGUCGGUAUUUAUAGUAGCGCCGGAACAGAAACCUGUGCUGGAUAUCCAGCCAGUCUUGGAUAUGAGGAAAUCGAUGCUCAGACUUUCGCUGAAUGGGGAAUUGAUUACCUCAAAUACGACAACUGUGGAGUACCCACGAACUGGACGGAUCAGUAUACUGCUUGUGUACCUGAUUCAACCAACUCGCAAACCUAUCCCAAUGGUACUUGUCCAGACCUCGAGAACCCUGCACCAGAAGGGUACGACUGGAGCACAUCCAAGACGGCCUAUCGAUAUGAGAAGAUGCGCGAUGCGCUGCUAAGCGUCAAUAGGACUAUCCUAUACUCGCUGUGUGAAUGGGGCCAAGCCGACGUCAAUCAAUGGGGAAAUGAGACGGGCAGUUCCUGGAGAAUGUCAGGGGAUAUCACGCCAUACUGGAGUCGUAUAUCAGACAUCGCCAACGAAAACUCCUUCAUGAUGAACUAUGUCGACUUCUGGGGCCACCCAGACCCUGACAUGCUAGAGGUUGGAAACGGGAAUCUGACUCUUGCAGAGAAUAGGGCACACUUUGCUCUCUGGGCGAUCGUGAAGUCACCUUUGAUUAUAGGCACAGCUUUGGACUCGAUUGACCCAGCUCACCUUGCUAUCCUCUCCAACAAAUACCUUCUCGCAUUCCAUCAAGAUCCUAUUAUUGGUCGUCCUGCAUACCCGUACAAAUGGGGCUAUAAUCCAAGAUAUCCACUGGAACUCUUCGCCAUCAGGCUCCAUGGCAAAUAGCUGCUCUAAGAGUUUCGGUUGCUAUUUCAGUCUGUCCUUCUUCAAGAAUCGGUUAUGGGUAUUCUAUCGAAGGAAGAACAGAUGCUCUGUUGCAAAAUUCCAGCCUAGAGAACGAAAGACCAGAGAGUAACCUGAUAUCUGGUGCAUCUAAUGAAUAUUAGACAAAAAGACAGUUCCCAAAAGAGAUGGGCAAAAGAGUGAUAGUGACAAGAAAGUGAUAGGAAGAGAAAGUUGUCAGAAAAUAGUGAAGAUACCAACGUCGCUUCAUAUUUGGUCACGACGAAGCAGUGAAUAGGCCUUGUCAGUCCGGUCUACUGAGCGGGCACCAGAUAGCCCGGUUCCCGAAAGAUCUUUAUGAUUCUGUUACCCUGAUAAUACAUGUAUCCUUCCCACUAAAGAAACAGUAGACCAACUCGACACAAAGUGGGUUCCUCGUGAC